AUGGUGCACCUCGAGGAGUCGCGACCCAACUCCGGGCGCCGGGAGCCGAAAGUGGAGCGCCUGGACAAGACCCCGGCGGCGCUGGAGCUCUCGCAGAUCUCGCAGUACGAGCAGAUCCAUUGCCAACCAUAUGGUAUCCCCCACAAGCGCAUUGGCGACGUGAUCCUGCCGGCCUUCCUGAAGACAGAUCAGCUCUUUGACUUGGAAGAGCGAUGGCAAGUUGGGGAGAAGGACGUGCUGCUGGCCCUGUCCCCGGGGCUCUUCCCCAACAUCCAAGUCCUGGAGCCCCUCUUCGAGCUGGCUGGGGACCCCAUGCCCCAGGAGCCCGCAGGCCCCGUGCAGGGAGCUUGUGCCUUCCGCGAGCGCAUGCUGGAGCUGAUCGAUGACAAGGAGGUGCGCAUCCGCGGGGCGAGCGGCGCGCGGUGCCUCUUCAGCCUGCUGCCGCCCUGGCUGCUGCCGCAGAGCUUCGGGAAGGUGGCCGUCUUCUUGGCCGACCCACGGUAUCUCAUAAUGCGGCAGCUGCAGCUGUGGGAGAUGUUCAAGAGGUGCCACGCUGACAAGGGGAAAGGAUGCGGCUGCGCCACGCUCCAACUCCAAGAGUCGGAUUUCCUCCGGUCCUAUCUCGAAGAGGACUGCAGCCUCUCGGGAGAAGAGAUGACGCGCCUGGCGCGCUGGGCGCUGGAGGAGUACAGGCAGCCGGACAAGGUGAAGAUCUUCUUUGUGGAGGACUUCGUGGCUGAGCCGGACGUGGCUUUGAGAGGCCUCGCGCGCUUUCUGGGCGUGCCCGACGAUGCUGAGGUACUCGAAAAGGCCAUUUCCAAGCUCGAGGCCAUGAGGCCUCACGGGCUCUUUUACCCCAGACAGGACAUGUUGGAGCUGCAGCAUUUCCUCACGGUGACCCACAAGUUUGAGCAGCUCAUGGCGGACCUGCCCAGCAACCUGCAGAGCAUUUGGGAGGAGCGUGUCUCGCUGUGGCCGCGCCUGCCCAACCUGCGGCUGGCAACCCUGGGGCAAAGCCUCCAAAACCACAGGAUGUGGGUUGCGCCCCAGUGGUGGGCUGCUCACAGCGCGGAGCUUUGCAAGCCCUGCAGCUUUGCACCCCGCGGCAUCUGCCGGUCAGGGGAGGACUGCGAGUUCUGCCACGCGCCGAGCCAUCGGGCGCCCCUGCGCCGGCCCAGCAAGAAGGAGCGCUUGAGGCGCAUGCGGAAGUCCGCCCGCGAGUCAGAGGGCUCCAGAGGCCGCACACCCUCGCCCGACGGAUUGUCGAGCUGA